UCUACCUCCGAGGGUUCACCCGCCCUUGGUUUUCCUUACACCUUCGCCUUUGGCUCCUUUGACCACUCGAAGCCCCACAGCGGGUUCCAGCGGACUUCACCAGCGGACCCAGAAGUGGUGGGUGAAACACAGCCUCUGUUCCUCCUUGAGCCUGUGGGGAGCUGCUGCCUGCCGCCAUCAUGUCUGCUGCAAAUCCUGAGACUCCCAACUCAACCAUCUGCAGAGAGGCCAGCACCCAGUCUUCAUCAGCUGCCGCUAGCCAAGGCUGGGUCUUACCAGAAGGCAAAAUCAUGCCAAACACUGUUUUUGUUGGUGGAAUUGAUGAUAGGACGGAUGAAGCUGAGAUCAGAAGCUGCUUUGGUAGACACGGUUCAGUGAAAGAAGUGAAGAUGAUCACGAAUCGAAGUGGUGUGUCCAAAGGCUAUGGAUUUGUUUCAUUUGUUGAUGACGUGGAUGUCCAGAAGAUAGUAGAAUCACAGAUACAUCUCCAGGGUAAAAAGCUGAAGCUGGGCCCUGCAAUCAGGAAACAAAAGUUCUGUGCUCGUCAUGUGCAGCCACGUCCUUUGGUAUUUAAUCCUCCUCCUCCACCACAGUUUCAGAACGUCUGGAGGAAUCCAAACACUGAAACUUGCCUGCAGCCCCUAAUCACGCUGAAUCCUGUAACUCAGUACGUUCAGUCUGCUGCAAAUCCUGAGACUCCCAACUCAACCACCUGCAGAGAGGCCAGCACCCAGUCUUCAUCAGCUGCGGCUAGCCAAGGCUGGGUCUUACCAGAAGGCAAAAUCAUGCCAAACACUGUUUUUGUUGGUGGAAUUGAUGAUAGGCCGGAUGAAACUGAGAUCAGAAGCUGCUUUGGUAGAUACGGUUCAGUGAAAGAAGUGAAGAUAAUCACGAAUCGAAGUGGUGUGUCCAAAGGCUAUGGAUUUGUUUCAUUUGUUGAUGAUGUGGAUGUCCAGAAGAUAGUAGAGUCACAGAUACAUCUCCAGGGUAAAAAGCUGAAGCUGGGCCCUGCAAUCAGGAAACAAAAGUUCUGUGCUCGUCAUGUGCAGCCAUGUCCUUUGGUAUUUAAUCCUCCUCCUCCACCACAGUUUCAGAACGUCUGGAGGAAUCCAAACACUGAAACUUGCCUGCAGCCCCUAAUCACGCUGAAUCCUGUAACUCAGUACGUUCAGUCUGCUGCAAAUCCUGAGACUCCCAACUCAACCACCUGCAGAGAGGCCAGCACCCAGUCUUCGUCAGCUGCGGCUAGCCAAGGCUGGGUUUUACCAGAAGGCAAAAUCAUGCCAAACACUGUUUUCGUUGGUGGAAUUGAUGAUAGGACGGAUGAAACUGAGAUCAGAAGCUGCUUAGGUAGAUACGGUUCAGUGAAAGAAGUGAAGAUAAUCACAAAUCGAAGUGGUGUGUCCAAAGGCUAUGGAUUUGUUUCAUUUGUUGAUGACGUGGAUGUCCAGAAGAUAGUAGAGUCACAGAUACAUCUCCAGGGUAAAAAGCUGAAGCUGGGCCCUGCAAUCAGGAAACAAAAGUUCUGCGCUCGUCUUGUGCAGCCACGUCCUUUGGUAUUAAAUCCUCCUCCUCCACCACAGUUUCAGAACAUCUGGAGGAAUGCAAACACUGAAACUUGCCUGCAGCCCCUAAUCACGCUGAAUCCUAUAACUCAGUACGUUCAGGCUUAUUCUACUUAUCCAGAUUCACCAGAUCAAUUUAUAUCUAUAAAUUCCGUCAUCCCUGGAUAUCAGUUGCCUGUAUAUAAUUAUCAGGCAUAUCGUACUUAUCCAAAUGCACCAGUUCAGGUCAUCACUAGAUAUCAGUCGCCUGUAUAUAAUUAUCAGGCAUUUCCUGCUUAUCCAAAUUCACCAGUUCAGAUCACCACUGGAUAUCAGUUGCCUGUAUAUAAUUAUCAGGCAUAUCGUACUUAUCCAAAUGCACCAGUUCAGGUCAUCACUAGAUAUCAGUCGCCUGUAUAUAAUUAUCAGGCUUAUUCUACUUAUCCAGAUUCACCAGGUCAAUUUACAUCUAUAAAUUCCGUCAUCCCUGGAUAUCAGUUGCCUGUAUAUAAUUAUCAGGCAUAUCGUACUUAUCCAAAUGCACCAGUUCAGGUCAUCACUAGAUAUCAGUCGCCUGUAUAUAAUUAUCAGGCAUUUCCUGCUUAUCCAAAUUCACCAGUUCAGAUCACCACUGGAUAUCAGUUGCCUGUAUAUAAUUAUCAGGCAUAUCGUACUUAUCCAAAUGCACCAGUUCAGGUCAUCACUAGAUAUCAGUCGCCUGUAUAUAAUUAUCAGGCAUUUCCUGCUUAUCCAAAUUCACCAAUUCAGGUCACCACUGGAUAUCAGUUGCCUGUAUAUAAUUAUCAGAUGCCACCAUAG